UGACAGGGACGGCGCGCACGCCGCGCACGCGCUCCCCGCACGGCCUCCUUCGUGUUUGUGGCUUUGGGCAGCGGGCCGCCGGCUGCUUCUGAAUCGAGCUGAGGAUGCGGGAGCCGGUGUGGAGCUGCUGCUUCCUCUGCUGCGUCUUCUUCCUGCUGGCCGCUCGCGGUGCGCUGCGCGACGGCGGAGAGCUGCGGCCGUGCGCGGAGGCGGACUUCGUCUAUCAGUACACGGAGUGUGACAACACGGGGUCAAGAUGGAGGGUGGCCAUCCCCAUCAGCCCAGGGUCCUGCUCGUCACUCCCCCCUCCGUCCAGAGGGACAGACUGCUCUUUCUCCUGCGCCGCUGGGGAGUUUUUAAAGAUGUCCACGCAGCAGUGCACGCCGUGCGCCGCCGGCUCCUACUCACUGGGCAGCAGUCUCCGUUUUGACCAGUGGGACGCCGUCCCUGCAGGAUUCACCAGUCUGGCCAGCUACUUGGACCCUGGACCAUCUGGAGAGGACAUUCAGGCCUGUAACAGCUCAUCAUGGACGCCUCAGGGGGUGUAUCUGGAGUCAAACCGUGAUGAGUGUACAGUGUCUCUGGUUUAUGCUGUCCAUCUGGAGAAACAGGGCUCUGUCUCCUUCACGUACCAGUACCCCGACAACAACAUCUUCUUUGAGUUCUAUGUCCAGAACGAACAGUGCCAGGUAAUGGUCCAGACCGAUGACCAGAAGUGGAUUAAAGUCACCAACAAUGGCGAGUGGGACACACACACGGUGAGUCUGAAGUCUGGUACCAACAUCCUGUACUGGAGGACCACGGGCAUCCUCGUGGGAGGGAAGAUGGUCAAACCGGUUCUGCUCAAGAACAUCCAGAUAGAAGGUGUGGCCUACACGUCUGAAUGUUUUCCAUGCCGCCCCGGAUGGUUUAGCCCGACUCCAGGCUCGUCCUCCUGCCAGCCGUGUCCCAGCAACACCUUCUCCACAAAGGGGGCAUCUUCUUGUACCGUCUGUCCCAAAAAACACUACUCACAUGAGGGAUGGGCAGAGUGCAAACUGAGGCCGCCAUGCUCAGAGAAGGAUUAUUUCCAGAUCCACACGGCUUGUGACGCUGACGGGAAGACUCAGGUUCUGUAUCAGUGGGUGGAACCAAAGAUCUGCUUCGAGAACAUCACCGGGUCUGUGGCGCUGCCUGUGAUGGGACAGCGGGAGCGUUGCCCUCCGUGUAACCCCGGCUACUACAACAGCAACGACUCCACCUGUUUGCCGUGUCCACCUGGAAGCCACUCCGAUGGCACGUCCGCGUGCGCUGAGUGUCCUGCAGGCACCGAACCCGUGCUGGGCUACAAGUACAACUGGUGGAACGUGCUGCCGUCCAACAUGAAGACUUCCUGUUUCAAUGCGGGCAACAUGAAAUGUGAUAACAUGAACGGAUGGGAAGUAGCAGGUGACCAUAUUCGCAGUGGAACAGGCAGUUCGGACAACGACUAUCUCAUCGUUAGCUUACACGUGCCGGGCUUUAAAGUUCCAGCCUCGCUUUCCGGGAUGACCAACGGUGAGUUUGGCAGGAUCACAUUUGUGUUUGAGACCUUGUGCUCCGCUGACUGUGAGCUCUACUUCAUGAUGGAUGUGAACAGGAAAAGCACCACUGUGGUGGAGUCGUGGGAAGGCACGAAGGGCAAUCAGUCGUACACGCACAUCAUGACCAGGAAUGCCUCGGUCUCGUACACAUGGGCCUUCCAGAGGACGAACCGCGUUCUGGAUGUGCGUCGUUACGUUGGUGACAUGGCGAAGCUGUACUCCAUCAGUGUCACUAACGUCCUGGGUGGGGUGGCAUCGGCGUGUCGGGCGUGCGCUCUGGUGCCCCAUAACUCUCAGCUGACCGGGUCCUCGUGUGUUCCCUGCCCGGCCGGUUUUUACAUCGACAGAGACAUGAACCGAUGCCAGGAGUGUCCGUCAAACACACACCUGAUGGGCGGACACACCUAUGGCCAGGACACGUGUGUGCCGUGUGGACCCGGAAGCAGAAGCAGCCCGGAACACUCCCUCUGCUACAGCGACUGCUCUUUCUCUCACGGGCAGAACAACCGGACGCUGACCUUUGACCUCAGCGCUCUGAGCAGCGUGGCCUCUCUGACUGUCGGGCCAAGUUUCACCUCAAAGGGCACAAAGUACUUUCACCUGUUCAACAUUAGUCUGUGUGGCCACGAGGGAAAGCGAUCUGCAAUCUGCACCAAUAACGUCACCGUUGUGUCCAGCAAAGACGGUGAGAGCGACUCAGCUCAGUUCAUCAACUCUGUGGACAGCUUCAUCUGUCAAUCAACCAUAAUUCCAGCGGAUGGGCGGGGUUUCAGGAUGGCCAUUUCCUCCCAGUCCAUCAGCCUGGCUGACACUUUUUUAGGAGCUACAGUGGACACUGUCCUGGACGGUGUGAGCGUCAUACCAGAGCUGUUCCCAGAAAACCCCACAAACCUUCCAGAUAUCAACUUCUUCUACAGGUCGUCUCAGGUCACAGCUUCAUGUGAUCGAGGUCGGACUUCGGUCAUCACAGUUCGCUGUAACCCUGAGAAAUCUGACCGUGGAGAACUGACUGUCCCCAGCUCCUGUCCUGCAGGAACAUGUGAUGGAUGUUCUUUCCACUUCCUGUGGGAGAGUGCCACCGCCUGCCCGUGCUGCACAGAGGACGACUACCACCGGAUCGAGGGGGCGUGCAGACGAGGCGUUCAGGAAACACUCUACAUGUGGAACGAGCCAAAGCUGUGCACCAAAGGUGUAUUGCUGCCUCCUAGAAGCUCCUCCCCCUGUGAGGCCAUCACUCUGUGGCUGAAGGUUGGAGUUGGAGGCGGAGCCUUCGUGGCUGUGUUGCUCAUCUCCCUCACCUGCUAUUUCUGGAAGAAAAACAAGAGGCUGGAGUACAAGUAUUCGCGCUUGGUGAUGUCAGCCAAUAAGGACUGUGAGCUGCCGACUGCUGACAGCUGCGCCCUGGCUGAAGGGGAGGAGCCUGAGGACGAUGUGGUCUACGCUGACAAACCCUCGCUGCUGGGAAAACUACGAGCCAUCGCCAAUAAGCAUGAGGACGGGGAGAGCAGCGAGUCCGUGCAGAUGAAAUCCUCACAGUCGGAUCGAUGGAUUCUGGGAUAAAGAGAAAUAAGGGAGGAACAGUCGCUGUCCAACUUCUUCUGUGUCCUUUGUCUGCCUUUGAUUUUGGAGGUGGGAUCAUGAGUUUGCACUGGACAGUAGUUCCCAACAGACACUGGACCUCCAAACAGGAACCACAGUCCCACUUUAGUACCGCGGAUAAUCAAAGGCAGCAGCUGAAAGAGAAGCCUGCUUUGAAUGUUUUUUAUAUUUUCUAUUUUAUUUAAGAUUUUCUGUUAAGAGUCAUGUAUUUAUAUUGUUAUCAUGAUGAACCUUUAUUAAAGUCCAACCCGGA